AUGGUCUAUUUACAAGAAGAAACAAAAAAGAAAGGCUUUAGUAAAACUUGCUAUAAGAAAAUAAGUGAACUUAGUAAAAGGUUUAUUGAAAAGAAAAGAAAUAGUAAUGUGGAAGGUGAUGUGUUAGAUGCAGCUUCUCAAAAAGCAGAUGGUGAAAUUAGAAAUAAAUUUGCAAACCAUUUUUAUAAAAAAGAGAAAAUCAAAGAUAGAGAAAAAGAGUUGUCAAAUAAGACAUGGUCUAAGAUAAAAUUAUCAAAGACAUGA